GUGUGGGAAUAGGAUUUUGUGUGUGGGAAUAGGAUAUUGUGUGUAGGAAUAAUAUAUGGUGUUUAGGAAUAGGAUUUUGUGUGUGGGAAUAGGAUAUUGUGUGUAGGAAUAAUAUAUUGUGUUUAGGAAUAGGGUAUUGUUUGUAGGAAUAAUAUAUUGUGUGAAGGAAUAGGAUAUUGUGUGUGGGAAUAGGAUUUUGUGUGUGGGAAUAGGAUUUUGUGUGUGGGAAUAGGAUUUUGCGUGUGGGAAUAGGGAACAGCAGCGUAUUUAUCAGUCUCUGCGAAUCGUUAUGUCUGUGUAGCAGUGUGCGGAGCAGUCAGUGGGCGGGACUGGGAGGAGCAGCCCCAGAGAGUUUAUUUGCCAAGCUUGGCUGCAAAGAGGAGAGGAGCUGAGAGUAGGGAGUGCUGAGCUGUAGCGCGGAUCCACAGCAGCCUCUCAGCAGACUCUCAUCCACCGGCAGCCAGCAGCCAGCACAGCCGGGCAAUGUCGCACAGACUCUACUGCUCUCGCUGACUGACACUCACUAGUCACACUGGGACAGGAUCUAGAAGAAAUCACUCACUCACUCACUCACACACACACACACACACACACAAAGUUCCAGGCGGAAGGCAACAUCCCAUAAGUUCCAUGGACCCAAACUAUACUUCAAAGGCUGGAGACUGGGGAAUGAAAGAAAAUCUUUCAAAUUUCACUGGUGCAAAGGAUGUCUGAAGCAAUAAAGGACACAAUCACAUUCUAUUCAUGUAGUUCAGAAAACUGUUCCGUCAAAAUGGGGAGGAUAGCAUCAGAGAAGAAUGAGAACAGAACUGAGGAUAUUAAAACUGAAAUGAACACCUGGUUUUAUGCAGCUGGGCUCACUACACCAUAUAAUGAACUGACUAAACCAGAGUUGAUUGACAUAACCAAACUUCUAAGCGUUCAAGUUGUUCUCAUCUUGGCCUACAGUUCUAUUAUCAUUCUGGGAGUAUUGGGAAACAGCCUUGUCAUUUAUGUUGUCAUUAAGUUUAAAACCAUGCGCACUGUCACAAACUUUUUCAUAGUCAAUCUGGCUGUGUCGGACUUAAUGGUGAAUACAUUGUGCCUGCCUUUCACAUUGGUUUACACUCUUCUAGAUGAUUGGAAAUUUGGAACAGUAUUGUGCCAUUUAGUUACAUAUUCUCAAGGUCUUGCAGUUCAGGUAUCCACUGUCACGCUGAUGGUUAUAGCCCUGGACAGGCAUCGAUGCAUUGUGUACCAUUUAGAGAGCAAAAUAUCCACUAAAAUUUGCUUUAUGAUCAUAGGCAUCACAUGGGUUUGUAGUGCCUUGCUGGCCAGUCCAUUGGCAAUCUUCAAGGAAUAUUCCGUUAUUGUCAUUUCAAGUGAUUUCCAUAUUCAAGCAUGCUCAGAAAAGUGGCCAGUAGGAGAUCUUAAUUAUGGUACAAUUUAUAGCAUAUCAAUGCUGCUCAUACAGUACAUAGUGCCUCUAGCCAUCAUUUCUUAUGCUUAUAUAAGAAUAUGGACAAAAUUAAAAAAUCACGUUAGUCCUGGAGGAGGAAAUGAUAAUUACCAUCAACGGAGACGCAAGACAACCAAGAUGUUAGUGGCUGUAGUAGUGGUGUUUGCAGUGUGUUGGCUUCCUUUUCAUGCCUUUCAGCUUGCAAGUGACAUCGAUGGCAAAGUGUUGGACCUGAACGAGUACAAACUGAUUUACACUAUAUUCCAUGUUAUUGCCAUGUGCUCCACCUUUGCAAAUCCUCUUCUUUAUGGAUGGAUGAACAACAAUUAUAGAACUGCAUUUCUCACAGCUUUUAAAUGUGAACAGCGGAUGGAUUCUAUACAUCCAGAAGUUUCUGUAGCUAUUCAGCUCAAGAAGAAGCAACUGGAAGUAAAAGAGAUUAAUGGAACAAGUGACAACAGUCAUGGAACGUGCACGCCAAUUGCAAACGUGUGAUACUAUGGUGAACAACAAGUCUGAAAGCAGCUUAACUCAUAAAGUCUUGUUGACUCUUCUGUGAUGAUCCUACAAGGAACAUCACUAAAAAUUGCAGCCCAACUGCUGUUUAAUGUAAAGUGUUUAAAUUACAUAAAGUAAUCAUUAGGGAUUUUCAGAAGACCUAUAUCUCUGGGAAGAUCUAUAUUUGUGACAGCAAGAAGACACUGGCCAAUAGGGAUGUAGCGAACUGUUCGCCCGCGAACUAGUUCGCGCGAACUUCGACCGUUCGCGUCCGCCGAAUGUUCGCGAACGUUUGGGAACGUUCGCAUUUUGAGUUCGC